AUGAAUAUGCCUGCAUCUCUCCUUUUCUUUCCCUCUCUCUAUAUCUCUUUCUCACUUUCUAUCUAUCUAUCCUUGUUAGGGCCCUGCUCGAUCGAUCGCUCUAUCUAUCUCUCUCUCUCUCUCUUUAUGUAUAGAUAUAUAUCCCUUUGUCUCUCUCCCUUUCUCUUUCUCACUCUCCCCCUUUUCUCUUUCCUUGCCUCUUUCUUUCUCUUUCCUUGCCUCUUUAUUUCUCUUUCUUUCUUUUUCUCUCUAUCUAUCCUUGUUAGGACCCUGCUCAAUCUAUCUAUCUAUCUCGAUAUAUAUAUAUAUAUAUAUAUAUAUAUAUAUAUAUAUAUAUUUCUCUUUUCUCUCUUCCCCUUUCUCUUUCCUUGCCUCUCUCUUUUCUCUUUCUUUCACUCUCUUUUUCUCUCUCCGCUUUUCUCUUUUUCCCCCUUUAUCUCUCUAUCUAUCUAUCUAUCUAUCUAUCUAUCUAUCUAUCUAUCUAUCUAUCUCUAUCUAUUUUCUCUCUCUCUUUAUAUAUAUAUAUAUAUAUAUAUAUAUAUAUAUAUAUAUAUAUAUAUAUAUAUCCCUUUGUCUACCUCCCUUUCUUUUUCUCCUCUCCCCUUUUCUCUUUCCUUGCCUCUUUCUUUCUUUUUCUCUCUGCCCUUUUGCCUCCCUCCUCCUUUAACUCUCUCUCUCUUUCUCUCUUUCUCACUUUCUUACUUUCUAUCUAUCUAUCCUUGUUAG